GUUCGACCCGCGGCCGCACCGAGCCAGUCGAUCCGUGAUGCCAACAUUAUAAGUAAAACAUUAACGCCAUGAUUGACGACAUUCCAGAGACCGGCGCGGUGUUUACUUUCGGCAAGUCACACUUUGCUGACAACGAGCCGAGCCACUUCUUCAUCAAGAACGAUCCCAUCGUCGCCAUCUCGUGCGGAGAUGAGCACAGCGCUGUCAUAUGCCAGAACGGUCGAGUGUUUGUGUUUGGAGCAAACGCGUGGGGUCAACUCGGGCUGGGCCACAAAGAUGAAGUAAUUCGACCGAGUUGUGUGAAAUGGCUGAAGCCUCAUCGCACAUUGUUCGUCGCCUGUGGACGCGCACACACUGUGUUCGUAACAGACACAAACGCGAUCUACGCCGUAGGAUGCAACGACGAAGGGCAGCUUGGAACGGGAGACACAGAGCAGCAGACGGUGCCACAGUACGUCGAGCUGGACGUAGACCAGCCAAUACGACAGGUGGCGGCCGGCAGUAACCACACGGCCAUUCUUACUGACGAGGGCCGCGUUUUCGUGUGUGGCUCCAACAGCGAGGGGCAACUGGGGUUGGGCGAGGACACACGCUCGUCACUGCGCUUCGUCGAGCUCAAGUUCAUGGAGAAGAUUGCCUUCGUUGAGUGUGGAUACUAUCACACGGUCUUCAUCACAGCAAAAGGAGCAGUCUUUGUCACCGGUGAGAACGAAAAUCAGAAGCUUGGUAUCAUCAACACAAACAACAUAAUUUACGUCCCGCAAGUCCUUCCACUCGAUGUGCCGAUCAAGAGCGCCUGCUGCGGCGCCAAUCACACCUUCUUGCUGUCACUGGACGAGACCAAAAUUCUAGCUUUUGGAUCCAAUGAACAAGGACAACUUGGCAUGCCGAAAAAUAUUGAAAAGGUCACUGAACCGACUGAAAUCAAUAUGGAUAAGAUGUUCGAUGGCUUCCAACUAAAACUGGUUGCUUGUGGGGCAAUGCAUACCGCAUUUGUAACAGAUAAUGGAUUACUUUACACAUGCGGCGAGUCGAGGAAUAAUAAACUUUGUUUGGAGGAAAUAGACGACGCCAAUGCGAGUGAGGGUGACCCUAAUCAAUACUCGCCAAAGCGGGUCACUGCUAUGAAUGGCUUUGUUGUCGACAACGUGGCUUGCGGCGGCUGCCACACUCUGCUCACAGCAACUAAAGGCUCCAACGCAGACUUCACCAACAACGAUUUCAGUAUAAUAAAUCAAGAAAAUAGACAAAUUUCCAUCACAGAACUUCCUCCUCUUCAGAAGAUACCAAAUAUGAAAACCGAUGAUAGCCCUAAAAGUGUAAAUGGUUCAAGAAGUCACGAAACUGAAGAUACCAAUAAAAAUGUUAAUGAAGAUGAAAGUUCGAUUAAUUCACUAGAAGCUAAUGUGAGCGGCUCGCACAUCGUUAAUAUAAACGAUCUUGAACCUGAGAACACAAGCCCCCACGACGUAACGGAUAAUGCCAACGCCAAUAAUUCCAAUUUAUUAAAAAUAUCAUCAUCGAUAGAGAAAGGUAUGUUAGACAUAGCUGAAAAAACGGAUAAAAUGGCUGACAGCGCAAUUGAAACAAUAGAACACCUAAAAAAUACUGCUAAAGAAGAAGCAAUUGAAAACAUUGAAGAAUUCACAGCAAAAACUAGUGACAAAAUAGAGGAAACUUCUAAAAGCGUCAAUGAAACCGUAACUACAAAAGUUGAAGCCAUAGAGGCACUUGUACAGAAAACAGUCGCAAAUGUAAGUCCUGGUACUUGCUGUGAUAAAAGAAAGGUUUUGGAAGUUCCAAAUAAAAGUGCAGAAAUAUCUCAUUCACCUCCACCCAAAUCACCAUUAAUUCAAGAUCUUUUACAACUUCCUGAUAUAUCUCAUAUGAGUCCAAAUAUAAGUAGACAUAGCGACGAUGGUCAAAAGAGUGAGGCGGGACAAUCUGAGAACGAAACUAUCCCUUGUGGUUCAGACAAAUCCAGUCCUCAAGCUAAAACGAAGACCCAAGCCGUGAUGCCAAUUUUAAGAAAUGAAGAUAGCAUUGAUUCUCACGAAGGCACCGCCAAUCCAGACGCAGAUGUUGUGGUCAAUAAGAAUGAUGAGAAAGGACGUUUUGCUCGAAUGUUUCAGUCAAUUAGAGACAAAGAAAAUUCUUGUAUGAGCAAAGGAAAAGUUAUCGAGGAAUCUGUUGUAGAGAACGUGAACAGCGGAAUGGACAGCGCGGAGAAAACCAUUCACAAAAUAGAGGAGACCGUUCAAACAGAAAUCAGGAACCAAACCAACUCAAGAACCUGCAACAUUUUGUGAUUAAUUUCAUUUGCCCUUUAAAAGUUUUUAAUUAUAAUAAAUUUUAUCGUUUUUC